AUGGUCGCCACCUUGAACGGUGCUGAACGCGCACCUCGCACUUCGACAUUGCAGCGCGAACCUCAUCGCGCACUCGAGGCGCUUUCCAAUUUCUAUGGCCGCUUCUCCACCGACAGUGGCUCUCACCGUCCAAGAAACACAGAUGCCUCCCUUUCUAGCAAUGCCGGCAGCAUACGCAGGUCUUCCUCUGGAACCGAGUUUUACUCCAACGCUCACAGCGUCAACGGUGGCGAGGAACUGUCAUCGAGUCUUGAGGCUUCAGCAUCGCUGCCCAAAUCACCGCGCGUUCAUUCCUCCUUCUCGGCAGCAGCAGUAGCAUCCGCUUCCCGCUCGUCUCUCGAAAAGAGAAACUCGCAAGCAAGCAUGCCCAACAAUGCACUUGCAUCGCCUUCCGCUCGCAAUUCGCCCGCUGACUCGUCUCCUCGCACGACCUCUUCCGCUCUUGCCGACGCCUCCUACUCGAACAGUGGCGGCGGCGGCCCUGCAUCUGGCCUCGUGUCAUCAUCGAUGCAGAACAAAGGCACUUCUGUUGACAUCGCUGCUAUCAACCAUUACUCUCCUAGCUCCCUCUCCAGGACCUUUCCUUGGCUGUCCAGCACCACAGAUGCCGCGUCAAAGCGCGAUCGCGUGUCAUCAUCCCCCCUAUACAAGCAUGGUAUUGCUCCGAUAAAGACCGAUUCACCACCCAUCGAACAGUACAGCAGAGGAAAGGGCUUCGGUUGGAACCCAAACAAGGACCAUGCAACCCCCAAGUCCGCUUCCAACGUCCGCCUUGGUACCAGCAGCUCUCACCCUGACGUUCACAGUCGCGGACUUGGAUUCAAGUCCUCAUCUGAGCUCGAUCUUCCCGAGCGUAUGCGUAGCCAGCGCAAGGGAGCGCCCGCACCACCGCGCCUCUCGCAGGAUCCCAUUGCCUUCAGCAUCGAAGAAGAGCUUAGACCUCAUGCUCACCCUUCCAGAAGCGACUCAGCCUUUUCCCGUUUUGGUCGCGCAUUUCGUCGCAAGAGCAAGACGGGCGGCGAGAUGAGAGCUGAUUACAGCGCACAUGCUCCUGCUGUCCCGCCGCUGCCUAGGACGCCCCGCAACACCUCCAGCCAGACACCCCCGGCCAAGCCAUCGGAUCCUUUCGCCGAAAAAGCUCUCAAAGCAAGCAGCGGCUUUGUCGGCCGCACUCCCUCUAAAAUGGGCAGCGUUGCAGGUCUGAACGAGCAAAACAGAGGAAUGUCAAAGGUGUCACUGGCAAGACAACCACCGACUAGCGGCGAUACGAUGACGGGCGAGAAUGCAUCUGCGAGAACCGAACAGAAGAUCAUCGUUUACGACGAGACUCGAACGGGUCAAGAGUUUGCGACGAUGCCGUCCACGUCGCAGCAAGACCAUGCACUGGCUUCGCAGAAUGGCGACGAGCAAGCACUCAAGCACCCCGACUCCGACGAUGUGCUUCUCACGACAGAUACGGCCCCUGCGAAUGCGAGCUUCGAUACCCCUUCGCCAACCUCGCGACCCAUUUCAGAUUCGUCCGAGCAACCUCUGACCACUGACUCGUCCUCAUCAAACGCGCACCGCAGCUCACUAGCUUUCCUUGCUUCCGCAAUCUCGACAGGUGCCAUCACGUCCGAAGUAGAAGGUGCUAGUAACGAGGCUCAAAAGGAAUCUCCAGAGUCGGACGAAAUCAGCCAAGGACUGGUCGACGCCCACUCUCCAUCACACAUCGAGACCAACGCCACAGCGCCACCUUCCUCGGAUAGCACCUCGCGCGAUCCAAGUGCGGAUCGCAGACGCCUCGAACCAAAAUCAGCAACCCGUCACGAUCAAAUUCCCAGUAUUUUGACCGACUUUCUCAGUAUGGACGCCGAGCUAUCGGCAAAGGAUAGCGAGAAACAGAUCGCCAAGACCCCCUCUCGAUCUACCCGAGACGAGAUGUUUGCAACAGACACGAGUACUGACAGCUCGGGCCUGCCCAUGAAGCGGACCAUCAGUGGAAACUCGGAUGGCCGCCGAUCAUCGGCGAGUUCGUCGUCAAAAGCAACUCGCGCCACCAAAGGCGUCUUCAUGGCGCCAGCUGCGGGGCCAAGCAUGGGCGGCUUUGUAUCGCCCUUCUAUGUUGCUCCACUCACGUCUACUGACUCUGGCGUGGCAACACGGGCGAGUCGCCCUUCUGGCCGUCGAGCCAGCGCGACAAGCGAUGACUCCAGGAGCGUAAACAGCGGACCACGACGCGGCUCCUCUUCCCUUUCCUCUUCACUCGCGAUACCAGACAGCGCAGCUGUAGAAGAGAAACAAUCAACUGUUGUGACGCGUACCAACGACGACAAUGCUGAUCAGCCUCGAGAGCUCAGCGAGACCGACAAGGCUAGAAAAGUCAAGUCAUUCGCUAAUUUGCGAGCUUCGUCCAAGGAUCAAGGCCAGGAGGCCCUGCCGCGUGCCAGCACCUCCAGGCUGCCGUCUCCCUCAGCCUUACUGCACGCGCCAGACGACCAAAAGAAGGCAUCAAGUCCAAAUUUACAGCCCAGUGUCAGCACUUCCGCCAAAGGCCUGCCUGGUCUGCCGUCCGAAGAAUCCUCACCGCAAUCUCGCAGUGUCUCACAACGGUUCUUCCGCAGGCCACAGACGAGUGGCGCUGAGGCAGGAUUGCUUGGAGAGCGCUCAGCUCUGUCUUUUGCGAAUGGCGAAGAAAGUACGGCCCUGCAGACGGGCUUGGUUCCUGGGCGUGCGUCUCUCGACGAUGCGGGUCGGUCGUCGAUGCCGUACUCUUCGUCUCCGACCGACAACAACUUUGAGAUGCUGGCAGCACGAGACUCAUCAGUGACACCAAGCAAGUCUAGCGAAGCAACCGAGCGUCAGUCUGUCACCGCCAACAUGGACCGCACUCGUGCUUUCAAUCUUGAAAGCAAAGAUAGCGUCAUCCUCGGCCGAAGACCGAGCGAGCAGAGCAUUGGUCCCAUCUCGCCUUCUUCGUCAAGGCUGGAUUCGCAGGGUGGUGCAGCUGGACUGUUUGGCAACCCUCAAACGCGUCCGCGCACUUCGUCCCUGCUUCCUUCUUUUGGGUUCAGUCGAAGCCGCACAGGCUCCUCCGCAGGCCUGGAGGGAUCUGGAAAGAGCCCUGGCACCUUUGGCAGCAGCACUCGCUCUGCAUCUGGCGGCUUCCGGCGAGAUCCGAGUGAGCCUGCCGGUCUGUCUGCUUCGAACUCACAGCUGGCGGAAGUCGCGGAAGUCAACGGCGGUGCCCAGUCGCCGCGGGUCUCGUCCAGCUCGCGACCGUCGUUCAGCAGGCAGCUGUCCGCAAGCACGGGCCUGUCCGAUGCGGGUGCUAAGCAGGCCAAGCCUGAGAAAAAGUUCUCCUUGUCCGCCUUCCUGCCUUAUGAAGAUGAGGACGCGCCCGAAUAUGCAGAACGGAUCGCUUCGACGGCACCAAAGUCGCAGAUCGCCGCCGUCUUGGCGUCAAGCGCCGACACGUUUUACGUGGACGCCCUCCAUCACUUUAUGACACGCUUCUGGUUCAACAGCCUGCCGCUCGAUAUCGCCUUACGAAAGCUGCUCAUGGACUUGCACUUGCCCAAGGAGACGCAGCAAAUUGACCGCGUGAUGGAGGCUUUUGCAAAACGGUACAACGAGUGCAACAGCGGCCUGUUUGCCUCUGAUGACCAGCCUUACAUCUUGGCCUUCUCGCUGAUGAUGCUGCACACGGAUGCUUUCAACAAGAACGCCAAGAACAAGAUGACCAAGGCCGACUACCUCAGAAACACGGGUGCCAGCGGGGUGCCGACCGAGAUCCUGGAAUAUCUAUACGACAAUCUGACCUUCACCCAGUUCAUUUACGUCGAGGACGAGGAGGGUGGCAAGCGGCGUCCAUCCGAAGCUUCCGGCAUGUCUCUGUCUGCGGCCAGCAUUCCGUCAUCACUGGGUUCACAGUCCACGAUGGCGGCAAACAACCGCCUAAGAAUUGAUCCUUACUUCCUCAUCACACAAGGCCGACUCGGCGAGUUGCGUCCGGACCUGGAAGAUGUCAUUCCCGAGGACUCCCCCUUCUCUUUUACAGGCUCGCUAUCGACGUUCGACGUGGAUCGACUCAACUCGGCCUUCCUUCACGCUCCAAGCAUCGAGAUUGUCACGACCAAGACGCAAAUCGAACAGCCGGGCACAGCGACUCCCAACGCGCUUGAGAUCGAGGAGGAAGUCGUCUCUCUCAAGGUCACCAAAGUCGGCGUGGUGAACCGCAAAGAUGACGUUUCAGAUGGAGGCAAGAAAGCAGCUUCUCGAAAGUGGAAGACGAGCGGUCUCUUGCUGACGGGCUCGCAGUUGUUGCUCUUCAAGGACGUCAUCUGGAUCAACGCCCUGCAGUCGCAGAUCCUGGACCAGGCAGGCGACUCGCUCCUGUGCAAUGGUAUCCCAACCAAGGAUGACACCACCAGCGACGUUGUUGAAGGCGGCGUUGUGAUCUCGCCUAGGAUCACCUACUUUAAGCCGGAUGGCGUCAUUUCGCUGGCAGACGCUGUGGCGGUCAAGGAUAACUCGUAUGGCAAGUACGACUUUGUGUUCCGAUUGCUCGCAGCCAAGGGUAGGCAGUACCUUGUGCAGGCUCAGAGUGAAGACGACAUGAACGACUGGAUUCACAAGAUCAACUUUUGCGCCAGCUUCCGCACGUGCAACAUCAAGAUCCGUGGUCUCGACCUUGCGCCUCGUUCCGGAUUCAUGGAAGGGUUGGAUCGACGAGAAAUGCUUGAGGAGCGCUUGGCCCGUGCGAACCUUUCGAGGACUUCAUUUGACCACACAUCUCGAAGGCUGGACGCGGACGACAGCGGAAGUUCGACGCCUGUAGCCGACGAAAGAGGCGACAGUUCGCGAGAGGGUACUCUUCGUCGAAGCAUGGAACCGACGUCGAGACCGAGUGAAUUCGAUCCACCCGCUCGGCCUCGUUCGUCGGCUUCUCACCGACAGAGCCCAGCGUCUUCUGCGAUCCAGAAGCGUGCUAGGGCGCGUCGCGAGAUGAUGCUUACCAAGAUCGCCGAGACUGAAGUACAGUUGGAGCGAGCGACGGCUCGCUUGACGGACGAGAUUCGGCUGGCUCGACACUUUGCCAUUUUGACGCCGUUCCUCAAGUCGACGCGCGACCGCAUCGAGAUGUCGGCUCUGCCGCUGGCCAGCCGCAUUCGAGCGCAUCGUCUAGAUGUAGCCAAGGCGCAGUCGCGAUGCCAGAUCUUGCGACUGGAUCUGGCUGCUGGCGAACGCGUGGCUCGAGCGCUGCUUCCCAACAGCUAUUUGUCGUCAUCGGCGAUGCGGGCUUCUGGUCGCAUGCUACCUGCCACAAUGGGUACGCCGCAGCUGUUGGAGCUUGGUCACAUGUCGGAUUCGCAGGCGCGGUUCGAAGAGCUUUUCGCACCAGUAGGAAAAGACGGCAGCAGCAGCAUUAGCAGCAGCGGCUAUGACUCUUCUUCGGUACCGGCUUCACUGUCCGGAACGGUGAACAAGCCAGCUUCGCAUCAGAGAAACCAGAUGAAUUUGAACGCUGUUUCGGAGCAGCCGGCGGACGAGUCGCCGGUCAUGUCGAGUAGACAGCAGUUGGAUGAGCGCGAAGAAGGAGCAAGUCAAGUGGAAAGGCGCGCCGCUGGAGACGAAGUACCCGAGGACUGGGAAUUGAGUCAAGUUGCACGUCCAGGCACCAAUCGUAUCAGUCUGGUGGAUCUGCCCUCGCCGAACGAGUUAGAGCAAGCUACAGGUGGGCGCUUCCGAUUCGGUCUCAGGUCAGCGGCCGAGUGA